AAUGUAUUCAAUUACAGCUCGUUUUAAUUAAAUCGUGUUCUUCACAUCUUGGACAUUAGGUAUAUUACUAAUUUUAGAAAAGUCGUACUAUCAUUGCUGAAUUAGGGAACAGCAUAUUUUUUUAAGACUGGGAAACCAACAGUAGAUCUAAAGAUAUUGAGUGCAGAUAAAUUGUAUUGCAUAUAAAAUGAUAAUUUUGUUUAGUCAUCAUUAUAAGGCUACUUAUUACAAUGGUGGUGUAACAGAUUGGGAUUAGGUGACAUUUAAAUUUUCUUUGGAAGCAGGUUUUUAAUACACGUAAUAUAAUUAGAUUUCGAGCCUGUAUAUAAUUGGAAUUUGAAACAAUUAUUUUUGUAUGUGAAUGUUCAUCAUGAACAUUAAGAGAAUGGAGUAAUGUGUUAUUAUAAAUUAAUAGUUUCAAUCAAAUUGUGUGAUUUAUGAUAAAAUUAUUUCAAGACCAGAUGAUCCAAGUUUAUGGAGUGAUUCAUCUAAAGUAAUUUAUUAUAUUAUAAAUUAGCUUGUUUUAAAAAAUUAAAGAGCAGAAUAUCCACUAAAAGAUAUUCAUAAAUAGUUGCGUAAUGCUACAGUGAAUUUUGAAGUAUGGAUAGAGGUUAUGCCUUAUGUUGGUUAUAUAAGAAGAGAGAAACUUGGAGAUUUCUAAUAUAAAAUGCCUUAAUAGUAUAAUUGAGAUGUGUAAUUUAUAUUUUUAACAAUCAC